AUGAUUCAACAUGCUAAUCAGUUUAUAAUACCUUCAAAUGAAGAUUAUAAAAAUACAUUCAAAAAUUUUAAUAAUUUAAUGGUUUCAAAUGUUUAUCAUUUUUCAAAAAUGAAAUUCUUUUAUUCUCAUAUCUAUUCAUAUCCAUAUAGAUGGACAUGUUAUCAAUAUAUUAAAAAUGAUUUCCCUGGUGGAUUAUUCAAAUGUGUUCAUACAAUCUCAUUAUGUGAUGAAUGUCCAUUUGAACAUGAUUUUUUUCUUCGAAUUUUGAAAUCAUUUCCAUUUAUUAAAAAAUUAAGUUUAUAUAAUUAUGAACCACAAAAAAAUAAUUAUCUUCAAUGGCCAAUAAUUAAAUAUCAUCAUCUUAUUGAAAUCGAACUUGUUAAAACUCAUGAUGAUUAUGUUGAUGAAUUUUUAAAUAAUACAAAGAUGUGUUUAUUAAAUAAUGUCCAUCUUCGUGUGCAUUACGAUUCAUUAGAAAAGACAACAAAUAAUUUUACAAGAGAUGCAACAAGAAUUAAUUGUUCAAAGAUCACUACUCUUACAUUAUAA